AUGCAAAAGCAGAACUCAAUAAAGCGAACCCUACAGAAAUACUUUGCAAUUCUAUUCACUUUAAGCAUAUACAGUCUUUUUUAUUUAAGCUAUCUCAAAAUAUUUCUAAUGCAAGCUGCUUUAGAUUUUUUAGACCUAAUUGAAGUCUCGUUUUUACAUUUCUUUAUCUUCAUGAGCUUAUUUAGCUACAUUACAUGCUUCUCUAUAAACCCUGGCCAAGUCCCUGCUGAUUUUUCAAUUGAUAAUAUCUCAGAAGACUAUAAAAUCCCUUUAAAUGACAAUCAUGUAGAAAUUGACCAUUGUAUUGGCAGAAUCACAUUUUGUGACAAAUGCAAAAAAUAUCGGCCGCACCGAGCCCAUCACUGUCAUAAUUGCGAAAUUUGUGUAUUGAGAUUUGACCACCAUUGUAUAUGAAUAUCUAACUGUAUUGGGUUAAGAAAUCACAAAGCAUUUUUAUUAUUUCUAGUUUAUACAGCUGUUUCUUGUGGAAUAAUCAGUGGGAGAGCAGUCUAUAUCUAUACAAAAUGCCAAGAAAAUGGUUUUUACCUCUUAUUUUCCUUAA